CACGAGGAGCUGCAUGCCCAUCUGGUUCAGCAACGUGUCCGUCUGCAGCUGAUUUCCUAUAGCGGGAUCUGUGUGCAGCGCUCUGCUUUGUGCAAAAGAGAGACGGCGGCAGAGACGGCUGUGACCCUGAAGCAUCAUGCGGGCAUACAAGAAGGACAGCUCCGCCACCAACCUGCAGACCGGCGGCACACAGUCCGACGAUGGCAAGGUGAAAGCACGGCAGGCGGCCGACCUCGUCAAGGCGGCCCAGACGCUCAUCAAGAAGGCCCAGAACCAGGCGGACUUCGAGCACAUUAUCUCCAUCCUCACCGAUGCCAUCACACUGCGGCCGAACCGUGCUGCAUACUACUUCACGAGAGGGAGGUGUUUCAUCUCGAUGGGUCAGUUUCAGAGGGCUCUCUUUGACUUCUCCAUGGCCAUUCGGCUGGAGAGCACUGUGGCCAAAUACUAUGGUAAGUGAGAUGCGGGGAGGGAUGGACGUGUCUGUUUGAUGGUUGGUGGUUUGGUGAUCUGCAGGGAGCCGUGGGUACUGUUUCAGGAAACUGGGGCGGAUCCAAGAGGCCCUCAAGGUGACAUUCUUGCACACAAAAUCAGAAGGCCACGUCUCGCUGCACAUGUAUCAUUUCGCAACGGCAGGAUUAUAACGACGCCGUGCGCUAUGAGAAGGAGAACCCCGAGUACUACUUUUCCCGUGCGCUGGUGUAUUUCGACCUGGAGGACUUCCAGACCGCUAUCAAUGACUUCAGCCAGGCCCUCGACAAGCGCCUGUCUGCACCAUUCAAGGCUUUCUUCCACAGGGGCAUGUGUUAUCGCAGGGUCAAGAGGCUGGACGAGAGUCUCAAGGACCUGAAGCACGCAUUGUCCCUCGACAACAGCCAUGCAGAGGCGCACAACCAGCUGGGGCUUUCACUGUGUGAGGCGAAGGACUAUCAGACGGCCAGCAGCGAAUUCACAUCUGUGAGCAACGAGAUAGAGAGAGAGGGACACACCCUUCCUUCGCCACACAGCACUUUCCACUUUGCUCAUGCAGGCGUUGGAGUUGCUGCAUGAGACACAGCCGUCCGAUGUGGCUCUCACGGCCAAGUACCACUCCAACAGAGGGCUGGCGCUUGACAAGAUGGGCCAGCACCACCUUGCUCUAGACGACUUCACUGCGGCCAUUGAGAGAGACGACACCGAGCCACACUACUUCUUCAACCGGGUGAGGCGGAGAGCCGGACAUAGACACACGUGGCAUUCAUUUGUACUGCAUGUCUGUCUUUCCUUUCCCGUCUUCGUGUAGGGCAACUGUCAGUAUGCGUUGAAGGCCUUCGAUGCGGCGAUUGAGGACUACUCCGCCGCUGUCAAGCUUGACCCCAAAAAGGCAGUCUACUGGCACCACAUCGGGCGAGAGGAGAGAGAGAGACACAGCACCUAUGCAAUGCCCUCUCUCUCAUUGUUCUGUUGUCCCGGUUCUGUGCUGCCCGUAGGUUGGGGUAUCAGGCGCUGGAGCAGAUCGAGAGGGCCAUACAGUACUUCCAGAAGGCCCUCGAGAAGGACACGGCACACCACCCAUCUAGAUUUCACAUGGGGCUCAUGUACCACAGGGGAAAGGAGGUGAGAUCGUGUAGACGUUCGGACCUCGGUGCUCAUUCAAGUGUGUGUGUGUCAGUAUGACAAGGCCCUGGAGGCAUUUGCUGAGGUGCCAGCGACCGAGGCCUUGUACGAGGCCCGCGGUAAGGUGUACUGCGACAUGAACACACAAGACGCCUACCAAAAGGUCGGCCGGGAGACAACCACACAUCCGCCGCUGCAAACACCCUUUCCCCUCCUCCCGCUCUCACCCAGGCGUACGAUGACUUCCACCUGGCCAUAUCUGUAAAGCCCCUGAACGCCUUGCACUACUACAACCGCGGCACUGUGCUGCACCUGAUGAAGAGACACCAGGACGCGCUGCAAGACUUCAACAAGGCCCUCAUUCUAGGGGAGGGGGGCCAGCUGCCAACCGAAGAGCCCGCAGAAAGGGAUGAGAGGGCGGAGGCAGUUGAGGAGGAGAGGGAGAGGGAGAGGGCACCGAGUGUCGUGGCAAAAGAAGACAAAGACAAAGAGAAGGAGAAGGAGAGGGAGAAGGUGCCGACCCUGAGCAACAGGGAGCUGGCCAGGAUAUACAGCGACCGGGGGCUGGCAUGGAGGUGAGUGAGGUGACCUGAGGUGAGCUGCGUACAGAUAGACAAGACAUCACCCAAGUAGUGGCACAAAUAUUGUAUAUGUCUGUUUGUCUGUGUGCGGUGCGCGCCAGAGCAUUGGGCAAUCUGCCUCAGGCUGUUGAGGACCUCACAGUGGCUGUGGCCAAGUGCGGCCCUCUGGUGAGUGAAGACGGCACACCCCCAUCGCCUGAGGUGACCGAGUACCUCGCUACAAGAGCACAGUGUUUCUUCGAACAGGUAAGCAAGCAACAUUGAAACAUUGAAAGGGACACACGCCGAGACACAUGAAGACAGGGCAGAUGUAUGUGUGUUUGUAUGUGCGUGUGUGUCAAGGGACUGUAUGACCGUGGUGAGAUGGACCUGACGACUGCCUUGGGCGUCAGCCCAUCCGACCCCCACCUCUCCUACAAACGGGGGCUCACACGGUCAGUCACAAAAUAAAGUGCACGAUCCAUCCAUGCGCACAGAUAGAUGGAGGGAAGCGUCUCUGUCGUGUUGGUCGUCCCUGCCUGUCUGCAGGUAUGCCCAGGGCGAGCACCGGUAUGUGCACGUGAUAAUGGAUCUCAAGAGGGCCAUUGCCAACAACCUCGCAGCACCCCACCAGGCCGACCUCUACUACCACAUGGGACUCGCAUACGCUAACCUUGGUGAUGAGUAGGGAGGGAAAUGCCAUGCAUGCCGCCGAGAGAGACACAAGGAAGCUGUGCGUGUGUGUGUGCAUCAGGUAAGCAUCCGCUCGCAGUGCCGUGUUUUGACGCCGCUGUGAAGCGGAGUGGGGACAAGCCACACUACAUGCACGAACGGGCCAAGAGCCUUCAGGUCACACACACACACACACACACCCCUAUACGGUCACACGAUGCCUAACACCACAGCACGUGUCAGGUCUCGCCAUGUCUCACACUCAGGUUGUGGGUGACCAUCUCCACGCGUUGGAGGACUUCACUCGUGUGCUGGAGGUGCAGCCGAGGAACGCCCGCGCACUGUUCAGGCGGGCCUUCUCAUACAAAGCUCUCAAGGCAUACGAAGAGGCUGCCGACGUACGUACUGUGCGUCGACUCACUGUCAGUGGUGUCAGGAUGCUCAAAUACGAAUGUGUGUGUGUGUGCGUGUGUGUCUAAGGACUUUGAGUCCGCCAAGGAGUACGAGCCGUCCGACCCCCGGCUGGUGGUCAACUAUCGUCAGGUGCACCACGUCAGGUGCAUCGUGCUGGGCCCCGCGGGUCACGAAGACCCCUCCACUGCCAUGCAGCACCAACAGGACGACAGCAAGGGUGUGGGGGUUGGCCAGUAUGGUGGGGCGCAGCUUGUGACCACGGCCGCGUGAGUUUGUGUGUCGGUGUUGUGUUGUACAGUUGUGUGAAGGCAGAAUAAGUUGAUGUACUGGUGAACGCAUGGCGGAUGGUGGUCUGUCUGUUUGUCCAAGGCAUACAUGGCUACAGCCAUGCACAAAACAG